AUGCACAGCAGUAGCAGUGCAAGCACCACCUCAAGUGGCUCGACUAUUCAUGAGGAAUUCGAUGAAAAACCCACUUUCAACUUCUCGUGGCCUCCUGGACAGGCUUUCCCAUUUGAGCCAUUGCCACCAUAUCCAGCAGGUCCAAACCUAUCAAAAAUCCGCUACCCUCGUGAAGUCACCUGUCCCCGAUACAUCUGCCCACAUUGCGAGGAACAGUUCCUAUUCCACUCUACAAAUGGCCUUCUCACCUGCCCUUUCUGCUACACAUCCAUUGCAAUUGGAACUUAUAAUCGAAAGCAAAUGUACCUAAACUUUGUGGUCGGAACCAUCGUUCUGAUUAUUUCCAUGGUGAUGACAGUGCUGGUGUUCACGAUUGCCAAGGAUCAAGUCUACCUUUCCAUUCCAGCGAUAAUGUUGUUCUUCGGAGCCAUCAUUUUCUUCACAAAAGCGUUGCAGUCCAAAGACAGUUACGAGGAAGCAAAGAUUCUGAUUGAGGACAUGGAUGUCUGA